AUGCCCACGACCACCACGGACGUGCCCACGACCAUGGAGGACAUUGCGGGACUUUUGCAAGGCACAGAAGGCACAGAAUUCAAGGAAGGCUUUCCUUGGAAGAUUUGGAAAAAGCUCAGAAUCAAGCAAGCCAUUGAACGGGCCCGUCGGGAACGCUUGCGAGGGUGUCAUCCUGGAGACUUUGCUUUUACUUUUACGAAUUCCGUUUUGAAUGAGGGCAAUGGCGGCACUGUGACUGGUUGCAUCAGUGGGCUCCAAUGCCCGCAAGUUGCUGGUCAAGCGUCGUCAGUUCGGGUCGUCACCAACGAAGAUGGCUUCGGCAUCGGGGAGUUUUUUCAAGAUGGUGUUCAAAAUAACUUUACCGUGGAUGCCCAUUGCAAUAUGAUUUCUUUCGAAUUUGUUUCCUUUUUCCCGCCAAUGCUGAACGCCAGCCUGGCGUUUCUCGACUCUCUUGAUCCUCGCGGCUGUGCUGGCCAGGGAAGUGAUCGUCUCAGAGUCAUUGUGCUUUGCAGUGAUGGGCAGCCGGCUUUCCAUUACAUCUCUCCUUGA